AUGGUGAACGAGUACGAUGAAGCCCCGCGCCCUGCCAUUAAGCUGCCGCGUCCCGGAACUAAAUUCCGAGCGAGUGCCGUUGAGCCCAUUUUGAAAAAGGUGUGCCAAACACUCGUUGGGGAUCGGGCGUAUGUGCAUGAGGAUGUACAACCACUAAUAAAAGAAAUAUGUAGUGAGAUUCAGCAGCGUGUUGUGCGCCUGGGAUAUGAGCGUUAUAAAUUUGUUACUCAUGCCACCGUCACUGAGGCCGUAAAUCAGGGAAUAAGAAUUGCCUCCAGGGGGUUGUGGGAUCCUGUAACGGAUGGUUAUGCGUCCUAUACUUUCUCUACAGAAACUAUGUUUAUUUAG